CCCACGGACAGGAGCGCACCGCCUGCCCCCAGCUCCUCGCGAAGGGAGGAAUUUAGAAAAAAAAGUUUCCCAGAAGUUUGGAUCAGAGGAAGGACGGGAACACCAAGAGAGGAAGAGGGAGAGGGAGGAGAGAAAGGGAGAGGGAGGAGAGAGAGAAUAAAAAAAAAGAUGAAGUCCAGUCUACACAGCCUGUGAGCGCCUGCCCCGGUGGGUGGGAAGCAGGACUCGGGCGCUCAUGCAGCGAGCGGGCGGCGCUCCGGGCGCUCGUUCCUAGCGGCUGGGGCAGCUAGGGGCGCGGGUCGGAGGCGGCUGCGGAGGGCGGGGAAGGACGCAGGGGGAGGGUGCCGAGGACCCGCAGGGCCGCCGCCUCUGUCUCGGCCUCUGCGCCGCCGCCUCUCCCGGGCCCGGCCCGGCGGGCGCUCCGAGCGUGAGGGCGCGGGCUGCUCCCUCAGUAGCGGGGGCGAGCGGAGGCCGGGGUGCGGGCGGCUAAGAUGAGUGAAAGGAGAAGAUCUGCAGUCGCCCUGAGCUCGCGAGCACAUGCCUUCUCCGUUGAAGCCUUGAUCGGCUCAAAUAAAAAGCGGAAACUGCGAGACUGGGAGGAGAAGGGGUUGGACCUGUCCAUGGAGGCGCUGAGCCCCGCGGGCCCACUCGCAGACUCGGAGGACGCGGCCGCACACGGCCUGGAGCCUCACCCGGAUUCCGAGCAAAGCACUGGUUCAGACUCUGAGGUGCUCACUGAGCGGACUUCCUGCUCCUUUGACACUCACCCUGACUUGGGCUCUGGUGCUGCAGGCCCUGUGCCUGCUGCCAUGUCUUCCAUGGAAGAGAUUCAGGUGGAGCUCCAAUGCGCUGACCUCUGGAAGAGGUUCCAUGACAUUGGAACUGAGAUGAUCAUCACCAAAGCAGGCAGGAGGAUGUUUCCUGCCAUGAGAGUGAAAAUCACUGGCCUGGACCCACACCAGCAGUAUUACAUAGCAAUGGACAUUGUGCCUGUGGACAAUAAAAGAUACAGAUACGUGUACCACAGCUCCAAAUGGAUGGUGGCUGGCAAUGCGGACUCCCCUGUACCCCCUAGAGUUUAUAUACACCCUGAUUCUCUAGCUUCUGGAGACACCUGGAUGAGACAGGUGGUCAGUUUCGACAAACUCAAGCUGACCAACAACGAGUUGGAUGAUCAAGGACAUAUCAUUCUGCACUCGAUGCACAAAUACCAGCCUCGAGUUCACGUGAUCCGCAAGGAUUUCAGCAGCGACCUUUCACCCACCAAACCUGUCCCUGUUGGGGAUGGAGUGAAAACAUUCAACUUCCCUGAGACCGUGUUUACCACAGUCACAGCCUACCAGAACCAGCAGAUCACCAGAUUAAAAAUUGAUCGAAACCCUUUUGCUAAGGGAUUCAGAGAUUCUGGAAGAAACAGAACCGGACUGGAAGCCAUCAUGGAGACUUACGCAUUCUGGAGACCCCCCGUGCGCACACUCACCUUUGAGGAUUUCACCACCAUGCAAAAGCAGCAAGGGGGCAGCACAGGCACAUCCCCGACCACCUCCAGCACUGGGACACCAUCCCCUUCAGCUUCUUCUCACCUUUUAUCUCCCUCCUGUUCUCCUCCAACAUUUCAUCUGGCCCCCAACACUUUCAAUGUGGGCUGUCGAGAGAGCCAGCUGUGCAAUCUAAACCUCUCUGAUUAUCCACCAUGUGCCCGAAGCAACAUGGCAGCCUUGCAGAGCUACCCAGGGCUGAGUGACAGUGGCUACAACAGGCUCCAGAGUGGCACGGCUUCAGCCACUCAGCCCUCAGAAACCUUCAUGCCUCAGAGGACUCCAUCCCUGAUCUCAGGAAUACCGACUCCUCCCUCGUUGCCUAGCAACAGCAAGAUGGAAGCCUACGGCGGCCAGCUGGGGUCCUUCCCCACUUCCCAGUUCCAGUAUGUCAUGCAGGCCGGCAAUGCGGCCUCCAGCUCCUCAUCACCACAUAUGUUUGGGGGCAGCCACAUGCAGCAGAGCUCCUACAACGCCUUCUCUCUCCACAAUCCUUACAAUCUCUAUGGAUACAAUUUCCCCACUUCUCCCAGGCUAGCUGCAAGCCCAGAAAAACUGAGCGCCUCUCAAAGCACUUUACUCUGUUCUUCUCCUUCCAAUGGGGCCUUUGGCGAGAGGCAGUACCUGCCCACAGGAAUGGAGCACAGCAUGCACAUGAUCAGCCCUUCGCCCAAUAACCAGCAGGCGACCAACACCUGUGAUGGCCGGCAGUACGGGGCGGUCCCAGGCUCCUCCUCCCAGAUGUCCGUGCACAUGGUUUAAUGGCCUGUCCGAACACCAGGGAGCCCACUGCAGCAGGGGCCCAGCGUCUCCAUGAGCAGAUCUUCCUUUCUGGGAGCCGAAGCCUUUGAAAAACGGGAACUGUGUUUUUUGUUUUUUGUUUUUUCUGGAGGAAGAAAGCACAUACCCAUGAACAACAAAAGACAUUUAAGGCACUGAAGGAAAUACUUGCAGUGGAGUCAUCUCCAACUCAGUGGCCAUUCUCCUGCCUUCCCAAACCUUAGUUUUAUAAAGCAUUGCCUACUCCAGAGUGGCCUUUGAAGAAACUGAAUAAUCAUUUUAUAAUAAUGUUAAGGGAGAUGCUAGCAUGUAGCAGCCAUGAAAAGUUACCCUGACAUGAAUACAGACCUACCUGUACAUGCAUACCUACAAACAUACAUACAUACAUACGUGCAUGCAUGCAUACACACACAUAUAUAUUCACACAAACUCUUACACCAACACACACGCACACUGACUUGGAAGGGUGUGAACUCUGUGCAGGGGGGCCCAGGUGGGGACUUUCACCAGGAAUCCCAUCUCUACAGCAGUAGAUGGACUGGGGCAGCAAUGGCAGUCAACCUUUCUGCCCCGUAGCCCACCCCGUUUCUGGAACGAACCGUGUAUUCUGGAGCCCCUUCUGGUCCAUGAGGGUAGACAGGCAUCAGCACUACAACUGGACUUGGCUUCCUGAAAAUGAUUGCUUUUGAACUUUGGCUCUCCUCACUUGGCGUGCUAUCGCUGACGUUCCAAGGGGUGCCUCUGAAAAGGGAGUAAGAGCAGCCGAAGGAGAAAGGAAGAGAAGGAGUAGUGAGCAAGAGAGAGAGGUGGAAAGCAAGACUGAGAGAGGAAGUGUGAGCAAUGGUGAGAGUUGUAAUGUAUGGAGGAAAUUGGUUUUGGUUUGGUCCUCACUUCUUUCCCCCUACAGGUUCUAGAAAGAAUCGUGGCAUCACCGAGGAAUAAACCUCUCUGGGACAUUAUGCGGAGUCAGGGCACUGGUGACAGGGACAGGGGCAAGGAAUGCACUUCGAUCCUGCAGCUCUGACCACUGUUUUCCAGAGGGGGGGGGGGUGCCCCGCAUGGGCAGUGCUAAUUCCAGAGCCUGCAGCUGGCAGGGGAGGGGGACUGGAAGGAGUAUGAAGAAGGAAGGGUGUUAUAAGCCUGACAGAUGAUACCAAGCGCAGAGGUGACAUAAAGAGGCCUGGCCCUCCACAUGCCAGAUCCAGACACCUGACCUGGAUCGCCUGCUCCAUAGCCCCCCUGCGGCAGGAGAAAUCCGGGCGCAUCCAGGGAAUCACAGAUGGGUCUUCUCCAUCCUUCCACCUGCCCUUAGAUCUCCAGUUUUUUCCAAAUAGUUCAUUGCAUUUUGAAGUUUGGGGUUUUUUCCUUCAUCUUUCCCUUCCCUUUCAGAUCCUUUAAUGUUAAGAAAACAAGUGAAGUUUGGUGCAAGCUAAACUUUUUAAGUGGUGUGGAAAUGCAAAUAAUACCAAGUAAAAUAAUAACAGAUAUUAUUAAGAUUUUUGGUUUUGAGGUGUUGUAGAUAAAUGUAUUUAUGUGCCUAGUGGGGAAUCCAAUAUUAUGAAUAUUAAAAAAGGGGGCAAUAAAAAGGGUAUGUAAAAUAUGUAUGAAGUAAAGGUGUAUAAAAAAUUUGCCCUUAUGCACGGAACUCUGUUUCUAAGUGCCAAGCACAGAAAGCCGCUAAAUAAAAUCUUUGCAAUUGUCUUAUGGCGUGUUUGUACGGAUUAAGUAAAUAGCAGUGUAUGCAUUUGCAUUGUGCUUUACAGUGAGCAUGGCACUCACGUCUCUGCUGCUUGGCGUGAUCUUUAUGUAGACCUCCUCAAGCAGAUUUCUUCAUCCUCAUUUUGACUAGUAACUAAGCUCCAGUGAGGUUGAGUGGGUUCUCCGGGAUCGAAGAGCCGGUCAGAGAGGGAAUGAGGACUUGAAACCAGGUCCGACUCUAGGGCUGUUUGCUUUUGUGUCAGCCACAGAAUCCAGCCAGUCCAACAGCGACCCUCAUCCCGGCCCUGUGCCCUGUGUGUGAAACCGUUCUUUAUAUGCGUAUGCCAGCUCAUUCCCCCAUAGUUCUGUGAGAUAGGUGUUAUUUUGAUCAUCAUUUCAGAGAUCUGGAAACAAGCUUUAAAAAAAUACGUAUGGGAUGCAGGCCCUCGUGUAGCAAGUGAUUGAGCCAGCCAUUGGAGCUCUGGGUCUGUGCCUGGUUCUGCUGCCUGAGCACCCCAGCCCCACCCCCGCCAUCCCGUUGGGCACUUGGACAAUCAGGAAAGAAGUUGUGUCCUGAGGCAGUGAGGUGAGCGGGGGUCUGAGGCUGUUUGAUCAUACACUUACACCCCCCUCCUCCCCACCCCUCCCACCACCCCGGCCCCACUUUAAAAGCGCCUCCACAGCCCCCGGAGGGAGGGAUUUUUGAAUCGCCCCCUACCAAAUGACAACUUAGAAGAGACCAACAAAGCACCUCAGACUGUUCCACUUAGAAGCACUUUCUCAUAUUUUCUCCCCCCACCAAUAUUUUCUCAUUUGAUCCUCACAGUAACCACUGGGGGAUGGACAGGGCAGGAAGUAUUGUUUUGCAAAUGGGAGACCAGUGAUUGGACUGUUUCCCCCUAGACAAUGACACUGGGAGCCCACUGACCCAUUUUACCUG